AUGGCUAAAAAGUCUAAAGCUCUUGAAGCAUACCGCGAAGAUGCAAGAGGCGGCCAUACCAUAUUAACAGCAGAAGAACGACGCAAGCUUAUCGAGGCAAGUUUUAAUUUCGCCCUGUCAUCGUUGUGUUCCUACAACUACCCAUACCCAUUCAAUUCAUCCGUCCACUUUUUGACGCUGUACCUACCAUUUAGCCGUUACUCCCUUCCGACCUUCCAUCGCGAUCUUCAUCAAUCAGAAACCAAUCCAGGUCCAAUUCGAAGUCAAAGCCCAAAUCGUCAGCUCCCAAAUCCCGCUCUCAUCUUGGCAUUCGCCAUUUUCUUCGUCUUCAAUUGCAUGCAAUUGUUGAGACAAGCAUAUCAUGCGGUGAAGGAUCGAAUUUUUGCGAUCUUAUUUUAUCAUCACCGGACGCCAGGGUUGAUACAGAAGGAUGUGAAGGGCUUAGAGAGAUUACCCGAACAUGUCAGUGUGAUAUUGAAUCUGGAGGAUGGGGCGAGGGGAGGCGCGGGACUAGAAGCCCUGGUCGAUGAGGUGGCAGAGAUAACAGCAUGGUGCGCGUGUGUGGGAAUCCCAAUGUUGUCAGUGUAUGAAAAGACUGGGAUACUUAAAGGAUAUAUACCAGCAACGCAUCGGGCCGUAGUAAGAAAACUGGCGUCGUAUUUCGGACCAGAUCAUCCAGCCUUAUCUUUGAGAGCUCCCCAUGUCCCAUCUAUGGAAUCCUCAUCAGCUAUUUCAACCAGUGAUACACUUCCCGGCUCUUUACAACAUAUUUCGUUGCUGCUUAUUUCCAAUGAGGACGGUCGGGACUCGCUGGUUGACUUGACAAAAACACUUACAGAGAUGUCCCAACGAGGCAAGAUCGAAUCCAAUGAUAUCAGCCAAGAACUCAUCGAUGCCGAAAUAACAGAAAGCAUUAUGGGAGAACCAAACCUUCUGAUAUUGUUCGGACCAACAGUCGAACUGUCAGGAUAUCCACCAUGGCAGUUACGACUAACCGAAAUUUUUCACGUUCAAGAUAAUCACGGAGUUGGAUAUCAAGUAUUCUUGCAAGCUUUAUAUAAUUAUGGUAACGCACAGAUGAGAUUCGGAAGAUAG